AUGAAUUAUAAUUUUUUAUUUUUGUCCAUUUUAAUAAUAAAUAUAUUUUCAACACAUUUGAUAAUAAAAUGUAACAAAGUGAAAUUAAGUUCGAAGAGAAAAGCCAACCAGGAUGCCCUUACCCCCAAUGAGCCCGAUUAUAUGAAUCAGAAUAUAAUAGAGGGUGAAACAAUUCAAAAUAGGGUAGAAAAAAAUAAUAAGGUGGAUAUUAAUACUUUAAAAUUGUUACAUAACCCCGUUGAAAAUAAUAAGGAAAAUAUAAAUGAAGGAAAAAUAGACAAUGGUAAAAAUAAUAUAGAACAUCAAUUAAACUAUGAUAAAAAUAAUAGUACAAAUAGUGAGAAUGUAAAUACAAAUGUAAACCAUAUUGACAAUGUACUAAAUGAAUAUGAUCAUACUAAAGAAAUGGAAAAAAGAACAAAAAGUUAUGAAGAUAUGGAGCUUUUAGAAAAAAAUUCCAAAAUAUUACAAAACGAUAUACACUCAUGGAUAACAGCUGUACAUAAUAUUGAAGAAAAGACAAGUAAAUUAAAAAAUAUGAAGAAUGAAUUAUUAAAUAAUAUUACAUCAUUAAAUAAAACAUUAUUAGAAGAAAUUGAAAAUAUUAAUGAAAUUAAAAAACUUCAAAAUGAACAGAAUGAAAUAUUUUCUGAAAAUUUUUUGUAUUUUUUUCCAUCAAUGCCUGAAAAAUUCCAAAAGAGUGUAGAAAAGGAUUAUAAUAUUUUAAACUAUUUAGAAAUUUACAAUAAACAGGACAAUUUAAAAAAAUUAGAUAAAGAGGAUUUUAAGAAAUUUUGA